AUAGCAAUUUAAAUUUUACUAUCUCAUGUAAGUACAUAUUUGGUGACAUUCUUUCCCGCAGUCUCCUUAAGGAUCACAUCUCUCGAUUUAUUCUCAGCUGAAACACUACGUUAUGGGUGAAAUAAGUCUCUAACACUCGUACUUACAGUGGAAUAUAUUUCAUUGUCACAUAGAUUGAUUAUUGUUUCGGGUUCCAUAAGCCUCUCUGUCUUGGAACAGCUAUUAAGCGGCUUGAGAUAUCAGAAGAUAUCAAAGUGAAUGGUUGAUUUCCCCCUAGCCAUUCCCAAUAUUCCCGAUAUUAUAGACCGUAUCUUUCAACGAAGAAUGGAAGUUCCAGCCGGCAAAUAUUCCGGCCCAGGGAUCAUUAUGGGACACCCAACUAUAUCAGUUACAACUUUUGGCCCUUCCCUAAUACCCACCCGCUCUGGAGCCUUUCCAUCGGCCUUUGUCACCAGUAUAUCUACUACUUCGAUGGACAAGAGUUCUGGAACCUUAGGCUCACGAGAUCUUGGGCCUGGAAUAGUGAUCGGGUCCUGCACAUGGCCGACUGAAGAUACUACCGUCACGGAUUCGAACAAUCAUAUAACAGUCUAUUCCCGGAUUGUCUGUAGGGAUAAUGAAGAACACACCUGUUGCCCAGUUGAGGGGAAGCCAGGCGCCCCUCUCUCAGCCUGCCCACAGGGCUAUGUGGUCGCAGAGGAGAACGCAUGUUGCCCAACUGGUUGGUCCGUUUUUAGUACUCUUCUCGGAACACAAACCCCCUGCUAUAGCCAAUUUUCAACAGUUGUACCCCCCGUCGCAACUGCAAGCGUAGACACCGAUACCACAACCAUCCGCACAGCUCUAUUCGCUAAGAAAUAUGAUCUUGUUCCCUCGCAAACCGCGCGGCCUUCGGCAUCGCCUACUUCGUCAGCGCCUUUGGAGUCGCCUUCGAAGCCUUCAGAACAAGCGCUCUCAAAUCCACGGCGGCUGAACGAGAGAGAAAUUGUCGGGGUAGUCAUUGGCUCCGCAUGUGGCGCCCUGCUUAUUUUAGGGGUUACACUCCUUCUUCUACGCAGAUGGAAACGCCGCCAGAAUUCGAUCCCCAAAAUCACUGUGGAUGACCUAAUUCGCCAACCGACAAAAGGCACCCAUGAACUCGCCCCAACUGACAAUCAAUACCCAACCAAGCAAGCUCAGGGUGACUCGUGGACGACUAGAGCAACUCAGAGUAUCCAUACUGGUCCCGCGAAUAGCAAUCCCCAUAUAUCGAUGGCAUAUUCGACAGAAAUGGCUCCCACCAUUCGGGCUGUCGAACCACAAGAGCUCCCUGGCAAUACGUUUAUUAAUGAAUACCACCCGGCUUAUCGAAAUGAUCCGUGUCCAUGGAGAACUUAAUCUUUGUUCCUUUGUUCCUCAUGAAACUUAUUUCUUUUCUUUCUACGGGUUUUAUUUUUUGUUAUAACAUAACCCCGAUACUAUAUAAAGUUAAUACGCAAGUCACAAAGCCAUACUGACAAUAGCUUCUGCAUGUCUAAAACGAGGAGACUCCCAAAUCAUUUUACUCAUGCUAUUUUAUUAUUCAUAGUUAAAUUUACACCCCUCUAAAUAAUUUUUACCGAUUUCGGUCUACGGCAGCCAGUGAACACACGAAAGCUGCGCCCAAAACUUCGCACGGAAUCUCUGAGAAAAACGAUUCACGUUACUUGAAACAAUCGUAAGAAUUCCACGUUUUCGCUUCAAUAUAAUAUUUUGUGCCCGCAGUAACUCGCUUUGAAGAAACCACUGGUAGGGCUGGGCAAACCAGUUCGAAAAGAAUUUGCAGAAAUAGUGC